AUGUUGGAACGAUCCAAUGGUAAGAGUGCAAUAGGAGAACAGUAUGAGGGAUGGGAACUGUCCCAAGGAUCUGGUCAAUGGAUAAUCGGUGGAGGAGGACAAGCCGAUGUGGUUGUGCUGUGGCAACCACACAACACAGUCAAUUUUACUGGAUACCUUUCUGAUGAAUCUAAGGACCAUUUUGACUCAGAAACUGAUGGUGAACAUGAAGAGGAUGGAUAUGGAGUUGCAGGAAGUAGUCGGGGUGUAAGCAGCUGCUUGCCCACUGUUCCACCACUCAAGCGGCGCAAGCUCAAGAUCCCUUUCUGCAUGGAGCAUAAAAUAAAAAAGGAAAGGCAUGCAGAUGAGAGUGGUCCAGAUGGUUUACAAGCAAAACAGACAUGUACCAUUCAAAGCCAUCUCACCCCCAUCGUGAAGAGAGGCCACUCUUCAAUCAAAGCAUCAGAAUGUGCUGCUGAAAGUCAUGGGUUCACAGCUGUCUGGGGUGGACAUCAACUGCACAGUUGGACUCAUAACUGGGUGUCAAAACGGUAUGCACGAGGUAUAGGAAUGUAUCUGAGGCUAUCAGAAGCGCAGGAACACGCAGCCGAAGGUGUGGAAAGCGCGGUGUCAUGCAUGAGUGAUAAGGAAGUCAUGGUUGGUCAUGCUUUUAAGAAGGAUGAUUCAGCUCACCCAAAGGCUUGGUUUGUCAGCUUCUGCAUGACCAAUCCCUGA